AUGCGGGGGGAGGGUAGAAAGCACCUUUUCUCCUCUUCAUCCUCCUUCUCCUCCUCCUCCCCCUCCUCACCGGCAGCCACGACGACCUCGGGCGCGCCCGAGCUAUCCGCCAUGUUGCUUCCCACCCCAGGCCCGUACUGCCGAUCAGACGACUAUCUCACCCCAGUCGGCUUUCAUACCCCAUUGAUGGCGCGCGAGAAGACGCAUCCAUGCCGGACUGGAGCCUCAACCGCCUCCUCCUCCUCCUCCUCUUCCUCCUCCUCUUCCUCUUCCUCC